UUUGUCACCUAGCUUGAAUAAAAUAUGCAAAAAGUACCCCAGUAUUUCGACCGUGACUAUUGAUUUAGAAAUGCGGGUAGUUCAGUCGUUUGAACGUCAGUGUUUUCUGUUGAAUGUGGCUUGUAAUGAUACAGUGUGACGAUCAGCAAAUAUUUAGGAGCACUGGUAGCACCGCAGUGAGGGUGACAGAGAGGUGGAAAGGAUUGAGCGCCAAUUGUCCAGAGUGAUUGCACGAGGGGGAUAAAGUGACAGGCUUUACAGCAGAGACUCUGACAAUGGAAUUUUGAAGAAAUGCUCGUGUUGUGGGUGAUUUAUCGAUUUGAAAGGAGAAAUCAGGUUGCCUGUAUUAUUUAUCAUUCGAAUUACCUUUACGAAGAAAACUAUCGAUUGAACAUAAACUCAGUCCCUCAUUUGUUCAUCUUAAAAAUUAAAAUUAUAUUUCUACUACUUUCAAGCUUGCAUUUUCGGUCAAUAUAAGACCAGUUACCAAUAUCACUGAUAACAGAAUAUCCAUAAAUUCAAUUUUACCAUUUUACGAAUUGUGACGUUUAAUUUCGAGAGUAAUUUAAUUAAAUCCAGUGCAUCCAUCAAAAAAUUGUUCGGUGAAAUGAAAUAAAAUUCAACAGAGCUAGAUAAAAAACAAACAGGAAUAUACUAGUACUUUAUGGAGGUAUGUUGUGAAUGCCUCAAAUGAAACAAAGCUCUCCCGAACUGUUUUUAUAGAAUCGUUUCACUUCGUGGUAAAAGCAGAAUUAAAGAGAUUGUUAUAUUUGACUUAUGAUGGUAAACCUCAAAACGCUGCCUCACGGUCGUUUGUUUCAAAUGAAUAUUUCUAAUAUGAUGCUAUAUAAUUGCACUUCAUACAUUUUCUGUACUGGCGCUUAUGGCCCUGAUGAAAAUCCACGGCAUUCUUCAUUGACUGGAGAAUGGGGGAAGGCAAAGCAGAAAGAUGAAAAUCCCUGCUGGUUCUAUCUACGAAUUUAUGGAUCCUGGAGUUUAUGGCUGAAUCCAGAGCGAAUGGAUGGACGUAAAGAGUUCGUACAUCCACGGCUGACCAAUAAGGACCUAAUCUACUGGAUCACGGAAAACGAAAAUAUCUAUGAAUUCGAUCCAGUGGGUCUUCGAUUAAUUGAGUGAUGCCACAAUCAUGAAAGGUGUGUCGUGGCAACGGGGGGCAGAGAGGGACUCGCCACCGUGGGGUGUAAACCGGGUCCACGAUGCCCCCCAUAAUUGGGGAAACACUUCGCGUAUGGUUUUUAUCCGCACUUGUGGUACACGGGGCAGUGGCCGGUAAUCCAGACGCAAAGCGUCUCUAUGACGAUUUGCUAUCUAAUUACAAUAAACUCGUGCGUCCGGUGGUUAAUACGUCUGAUGUAUUGCGUGUGUGCAUCAAGCUCAAGCUCUCCCAGCUCAUCGAUGUGAAUUUGAAGAAUCAAAUCAUGACGACUAACCUUUGGGUGGAACAGUCAUGGUACGACUACAAGCUGCGAUGGGAGCCGAAGGAGUACGGGGGAGUACAUAUGCUACACGUGCCUUCUGACCACAUAUGGCGGCCGGACAUUGUCCUGUAUAACAACGCGGACGGAAACUUCGAGGUGACCUUGGCCACGAAGGCCACCAUCUACCACCAGGGCUUGGUCGAGUGGAAGCCACCGGCAAUUUAUAAAUCCUCCUGUGAAAUCGACGUCGAGUACUUCCCAUUCGACGAACAGACCUGCGUACUCAAGUUUGGCUCUUGGACGUACGACGGCUUCAAGGUGGACCUCAGGCACAUGGACGAGCAGCCAGGGAACAACGUGGUAGAUGUGGGGGUCGAUCUCUCCGAGUUCUACAUGUCGGUCGAGUGGGAUAUACUGGAAGUGCCUGCUGUCAGAAAUGAAAAAUUUUACACCUGCUGCGAUGAACCAUACCUGGAUAUAACCUUCAACAUAACACUGCGAAGGAAGACACUGUUCUACACCGUUAACAUUAUAAUUCCAUGCAUGGGAAUAUCUUUUCUCACUGUACUGACAUUUUAUCUGCCCAGCGAUAGUGGUGAAAAGGUUACGUUAUCCAUCUCCAUUCUCAUUAGUCUCCACGUGUUCUUCCUCCUGGUGGUGGAGAUCAUACCGCCCACUUCGCUGGUGGUUCCUCUGCUCGGGAAGUACCUCAUAUUUGCGAUGAUUCUGGUGUCCAUAAGUAUAUGCGUGACAGUGGUUGUGCUAAAUGUCCACUUUCGUUCACCCCAAACCCACAAAAUGGCGCCAUGGGUCAAACGAGUGUUCAUCCACAUACUACCAAGACUCCUAGUGAUGCGAAGGCCGACGUACAAGUUCGAGCCAAGCCGCUUCUCAUCGGGGAGAGUCCUGAUGAGGACUGUGAGGGGCAAGGAGAAGACGAAUUACUAUCCUUAUCAUCCCUCCAGUCAGGAUGACAGCGAGGAGCACUUCACACCCAAGAGGUUUCAUAGUCGUCCAGUAUCUAAGGAAGAUAUUUCACCAUCGAGCUUAACGGAUGGAGCGAGGUUCGGCGGAAGCUGCCUAAUUCACGGGCCUCUGCCUCCUCUACCUUUGAACGCCGACUGUGAGGAUGUGCCCGGUGCUGCGGGCAUUGAGGAAAUCAAAAGCCCGGUCCUAGCGUCAGCCCCAGGCUUUACUCAUUCACGAUGUCCACCUGAAAUUCAUAAGUCAUGCAUGGGCGUUAGAUUCAUCGCAGAACAUACGAAAAUGCUCGAAGACUCCACAAAGGUGAAAGAGGAUUGGAAGUACGUAGCAAUGGUGCUAGACAGACUAUUCCUCUGGAUCUUCACCCUAGCAGUAUUAGCCGGUACGGCUGGUAUAAUCCUCCAAGCGCCAACUCUAUAUGACGAUAGGGUUCCCAUAGAUAAGAAAUUUAGUGAAUAUGCCCGAGACACAGUGGCAAGAUGUCCACCUCAAUAGUCCACGUCGAGCCGUGCGCCGUAGUAGGCUGCCCCAAUCCUCUAGGACCAAUAAAGUGAUUUUAAACGAAUCCAACCAGUGGUUUCAGUUUGGAGUAAGCCUAUUACCCGUCACGGCUGAGGGGCUCCAUUAAUUUAUUCACAUACACAAAAAUAUUCAUAACUCAGAUGAGUCUAUUAAUCAUAAAUUAAUUCGAGAGUAUAAACACGAGAGGAGAAGAAGAGAAUGAAAAACUUGAAGAAAUAUUGAGAAUGGAAAUUCAAUAGCCUGUGCUCAAGUAACUCGUAACAAAGCUGCCACUACGUAACUCGGUAACUUAAUUAUUAAAAUCGUGACAAGGGAUAAUUACAUUGAACAGGUGUAUUAAUGAUUUAACUUGUAAUAUAAUGAACGAUACUAUUGUAUUAUAGAGGAAGGGAUUAACUGUUUCAGUAAUAAAGUGCUGAAUUGCGUUUAUUAUCGAAAGAGAUUCAUUCGAAUUGUAGAGUACGUUAGGGUAUGUUUAAAUUAUUAUAUACGAUGUUUUGUAUGCCCAAAUACCCAUCACGUUGUACAUUAGAAAUCACGGUACAUAGAUUGAUAGAUUGAUAUCGUUCUCAAGUUGAAUUCGAGGGGAAUCCUGGUAUUUCAUCAUUCAUUCGUUGAUUUAUCCUGGAAAUAUCUUUGGAAUGAAAAGCAUUUCAAGAUGCUGCCCACUAGAAAUUCGAUAAAAAAAUUAUUGAUUUGUGAUUUAUCCGUACGACUUAUUCUAGUAUGAAAAUAGUUUCGCUCGUUUUGACAAUUUGGGUCAAGAAAUUGCACCAGAAUUAAUAUCAAUAGAAUCAGCUGGAUGGACAGAUGCAAAUCUACUGAUUUAUCGGAUGAAAUAUUUUUUAUUCGACAUUUUGGUUACAAAAACGCCCAGAAUAACUGUCAAAUUUUUCAAAUACCAUCGGUGAUACACCCAAAUCCAAUUUUCAAGGAAAAAUCGUUACCUGUUUUCACUCCGAGCCUAGUAAUUUCAUUCAUCUGACAUCAUUUCACUUACAAAUAAGCCACCAAGAGAAUUCAACUCCAAUUACCAACUGUUUAACGUUUAAGCAUAAAUAGAUAAGAUAAGAAAAAAAAGUAAAGCAUACGAAUUCUAAAGCUGAUAGUUGUAGCGAGCUGGUGAACAACCGAAAUAUUGGUGUUCGAAUGCUGUAGUUCGUAGUCGAUGUCACUGUGAGUCGUCUACGUUCAAUAUUUUUUUAGAUAGAACAUGUAUGUUAAUGAGAACAAAAUAACAUGAUGAUGAUAACAAUUGUACAAUUGUGUUGAAACAACCUGUUGGCCUUUGAAUCGAUCAGGAGGUGCUGUAAAGAGGGAAUAACACUGAGAGUUGUUAGAUAUCGAGGUAUAUUUUGAGAUGAUGCUAGUGGAUACGGCCGAUCCAGGGGAAAUAUGUGAUGGAAAUAGAGGGAAUGUACUAUAAAAGCCCUUUGGAUUGUAAAUACCCGUAGAAUGUGGAUAGCUUGAUUAAUUAUAGGGAAUUUCCAUUGAUCGACUGCCAAUUCAACCAUUUUCGUUGUAUGACAUUCAGGGAGAUGUUCUUUCCUAAGUCAUAAAUCCUUUCAUUACGUAAUUCUCUCCAAAGGAAAAUUGAGUAAGACUUUAAAGAAAAUUUUAAGUCGUUCAAAAGUGAUAAAAUUCAGCACUAAAUAAAAUAAUUCAAAUGGUGAUUGAAAGGAAAAAAAGGUUCACUUUUUAGUCAGUUCUCACAUCAAAUUUAGACGGGUAGUUGAAUGAAAAAAUAUCUCCCUGAAUGUAUUUUAACAUGUGUUCUAAUAAUUACUCGCACAUGGCCAUCGCUUAAUUUCCUUUAUGUAAAGCUCAAUACCUUAAUUUAUUCGGGGAUCAAUGAAUCACAGAAAUGAAUAAAAAUCUGUUAGUACCAACUAUCGAAACAAAUUGAAACAUAAAAUAAUAAUUGCGCGUAAGUGCCUUUAGGUGCUCGCAAGAAUAUUUAAAUAAAAUUCAAGGCAAAGUCUCUCCAUAACAGGUUAACGAGAAACUAAUGUAACAAAUUAAAUAACGAAAGAAACGCACAUAUUUUAUAUUUUAGCGAACUCAUGCACCCAAGAAAAUGAACAAAAUAUAAUAUUUUGUAGAGAUGGAGAGAAACAAACGAAAUAAAUUAGAGGAGGAUAUUUGAGAAUCAUGCACUUAGGAAUUUAGGCUGUUAAUCACCUAGGAUAAUGUAUAUAUUUGUACAUAAAUAUGAAUGAAUUGUUGCUGAAUUUAUUUUGUACGAGGGGCACGAUUGAACGAGAUUCUCAAACAUUACUUUUCGAAAAGAGUCUGUUUGCGGAAUCAGUCCGGAGGAUUCAUAAUGUUCCAUAAGUAUCUCUUGAAUUAAUAGUGAUGGACUUAGCGAAAUUUUCCAAAGAACUUUUGUAGAAAAUUUAAAAUUAAUUUUGUUUCGAAAAGAUAGGCAUAAGAUUAGGUAGCAGUACGAGAGAUUAUCAAAAAAAUUUUAGAACAAUUAUUUCCGGAAAUAUCUGUAGAUGAAUAAGUUGAGGAACUCAGGAAUUGGAACGAAUUGUUCACAUUAUCUCGAAAAUAUUUUCUAAAUUGUUUGAUCCCUGAAAAAUAUUCCAGACGAAUCGCCUGUGGAAAAUUCAAUUCCCUGUCCAAGAAACUUUUUGUGGUACCUGCCUGGAAAGUUCAUUUUUCCUGCUGGAUCCAUUAUUUCCUAAUAUAUCUGAAGAAUAAUUUGUCCAAUACACGUGCGGCUCACCUCCGAAAAAAAUUGUUCGCAAAGAUACUUGAAUCUUCCUCAUCGACUGUUUCCUGAGAAAAAUAUUUCUCGUUUAAUCGUAAACCCACCUCUGACACGUUAUCGGUAAAGUGUCUAGCCACACAGAGUGACGUUUAUCCGAUUAGCGUAAAUAUACUUUGAGAAGAGAGAGAGAGCGCGCGCGCGAGAGAGAAAGAGAGGAUGAUUUUUGUUUAAAAAAUAAAAAGUACCAACUGUGUAACGAUCAAUGACCCCAUUGCCUCUGACGAUAACUGAAGCAACUAUCGAGCGUAUUAUGGGGUAGGUCAGACACGUUCCCACCCACUCCCCUCCUCUUUACCUCUCCACCGUGGGUGGACGUAGAAGACUUUGACGUAUGAAGAGUAACUUAAACGCCAUAGCAAUAUAGAAAAACAAGAAUUGGAGACAUUUUAUGGUUUGAACGUUAAUGGAUAUUUAUAAUUAUCGUAACAGUACCAAUUAACGAGUGAAAAUAGUUUUAAUGGAAUAUUCAAGAAAAUCGGUGAUGAUUCUCGAGGGGUCAAACAUCUAUCUCAAAUUAUGUAAUGAUUGUCGUUAGAUGAGAGUUAAUAGAAAUAUCGUGAAAUUUGUUAAAUAUGUAAUAUUAUUAUAAUUACUACAUUAUUAUGCAUAUUUAUUAUUCGGUUAUUAACGAUUGAUAAUUAUUAUUAUUGAAUUGUAAAAUAUGAAAAAUUGAAUAAUGAAAUAUGACGAUUGACUGGCGUUUUAUCAUUACCGAGGAUUUUACGGAAAUUAUAACGGUAAGGACGAGUUUCUUGUUGCUUGAUUUUGUAAUCAUGCUUUUUGGGGUGAAAACGAACUGAAUGGAGAAUAAAAAUUGUUGUCGUAGA